AUGCAGGAAAAUAAUAUUCACAUGUCGUACCCAAACUACGUGAUUGUGCAUCGCGGGAGCCAGAUGGUGUUCGUCGCCCUUCCAGCGGAGGCGAAGUGGAUAGAAGCCCGUCUCACCUACGCUGCGCUCAUGAAUUUGGAUCCACAGCGAACGAUGCUCACGCCUCACUUUGCCUCAAUGGAUAAAGGCACUCCUCCUCUGUGUCCAGAUGAUUCACUUAUUGAGUGGCCCGCCUCUGAGGCUCUUCAUACAGUUGCAGUUGAGGCGUCGCCGGACGGCACAUGGACCGCAUUGACGAGCAACUUGCGACCACUCGAGUCGCGAAGCUUUGAGCUGGAGAAAAUUCCACAGGCCGUUUCGAAAUAUUUGACUGAAGUUCAACAAGACGUGCAUCCAAAUGCAUAA